GUUUCUGCCCUCCUCAAUCACAAUUACUGAUUUACUGAAGCGCAUUUUCCGUGCAGAAGCUUCAGGAGUCAAACAAGCAGCCAGGAUGGGAGUCGAGGUUGAAACCAUUACUCCUGGAGACGGAAGUACUUUCCCUAAAAAAGGACAGACUUGCGUCGUGCAUUAUGUGGGCUCCUUGACAGAUGGACGCAAAUUCGACUCUUCCCGGGAUCGGGGAAAGCCUUUCAAGUUUAAAAUCGGCAAACAGGAAGUGAUCCGCGGCUGGGAUGAGGGAGUAGCCCAGAUGAGUGUCGGACAGCGCGCCAAGCUGACUUGCACUCCGGACUUUGCUUACGGGAGCAAGGGCCAUCCGGGCGUCAUUCCUCCCAAUGCAACCCUCAUAUUCGACGUGGAGCUGAUUGGCUUGGAAUAAAGCCUCCACCAAUGGACUCAGGUUAUUCCCUAUUCAUUCUUUCAGGGUCGACCUUUUUAAGGAGCAUUGCACCAUGCAUGUGAUCCUCAAAAGGGGCUAGUGUUAAUAGCGAUACCACUUAGCUUAGCUCUGUUUUGCAUUUGUAUAUUUUGUUGGCUUUUUUUUUUUCUUUUCUGCUUGACAUAAUCACUGGUUAUACUCUCAAUCAUUGGAUUUCUCUAGAAGACGCACGUUUCUUUUGUUUUUGUUUUCCUUCUCUCUUUUAUAUUUGAUUUCUGUGUUGUAAACGCGAUCACAGCGACAGGGUUUUGGCUGAGCUGGUAAUAAGUACUCUGGUGGGGAAAUCUGGUUAAGUAUAAAACUACUUGAAAAUAAAUUGUUUAUAAAAAGUU